UGGAUCUCCUUUUAGAAGGAAAGGGUCAAUACUUGGGUGUGUUCAUUAAGCUGUUGGCUUGUGAAACAGACAUACUGUACAUAUUGUGUCUGGAAUCAUCAGCCAGGAUGGAAAUCAGGCCGUUGCUCAUGUGCUUUGCCCUCUGCGUGGUCUAUGCCACCAGUAAACCCACCGAGAAAAAGGAACGCAUUCACCACGAUGCACCUCUCAGCAGCCGCGAGCACGACGAUGCUCAGGGCUUCGACUACGACCACGAUGCCUUCCUGGGACAAAAGGAGGCCAAGUCUUUUGACGACCUCAGCCCAGAGGAGAGCAAGCGCAGGCUAGGUGUGAUUGUAGAGAAGAUUGAUGGUGACAGUGAUGGUUUUGUCACUGAGGUGGAGCUGAAAGCUUGGAUUAAGAAGGCUCAGAAGAAGUACGUCUAUGAGAACGUGGACCGCCAAUGGAAGGACUUUGAUGUCAACAAUGACGGCAUGAUCUCCUGGGAGGAAUACAGGAACGUAACUUAUGGUACCUAUCUGGAUGACUCGGAACCAGAUGACGGUUACAACUACCAGCACAUGAUGGCGAGGGACGAGAGGCGUUUCAAAAUGGCCGACCAGAACAGAGACCAGAUCGCCAACAAAGAGGAGUUCACCGCCUUCCUACACCCAGAGGAGUACGACCACAUGAAGGACAUAGUGGUGCUAGAAACCAUGGAGGACAUUGAUAAGAAUGGUGAUGGUUUCAUUGACCUGAGUGAAUACAUAGGUGACAUGUACAACCAUGAAGAUGAGAUGGAGGAGCCAGACUGGGUUGCGACGGAGCGUGAGCAGUUCUCAGAGUUCCGGGACAAGAACAAAGACGGGAAGAUGGAUCGGGAGGAGACUAUGGACUGGAUCCUUCCUUCAGACUACGACCACGCAGAGGCCGAGGCCAAACACCUCGUCUACGAGUCUGACUCAAACAAGGAUGGAAAGCUCAGCAAGGAAGAAAUCCUGAACAAGUACGACCUGUUUGUAGGAAGUCAAGCAACUGACUUUGGCGAGGCGCUAGUACGGCAUGAUGAGUUUUAGAUUAUUUAGUCCUAGCUAGAUAAAACAGUUUUAAACUUGAUUUGAUAAAUGAUAGAAUUUAUUUUGUACGAAACCUAUUCAUACACUACAUUGUCUCCAAUUAGUUUGUGGUUGAUAGCACACAAUAGUUGUGUGUGUUUAUAGUUACUGACUUCCCAUCCCAACACUUCAUUUUGUUGUUCUGUUACAUACAUAGGUAGUUUAGAUUGGUCAUUAUGUUUGAAAUAUGAUGAUAUACUCACAAGCACUGAAUAUUCCUUUUGGAGUUGUAAUAAUUUAUCAUUUUUCCACCAAACCCUUCAUAUGUGGUAAUUAUUUUGUGUUUUUUACAGUCAUGUUUUGAAUGACACUGAUUGUAGUGAUAGCCCAUAAUUUCUUAGUAUAGUUAGUAGAUGAGAGAUGCUACCCAACGUUAGCCUCAUACAUUUCCUUUUACCCAGUGUGUGCCUUCUCAGAGUAGUCUUUUGGGAGCUCAACCUAUGAAGCUGACACUAAAUAUCAGUGGAUCAGAGGGUCAUGGGAACAUGAGUCCACUACAGUGAAAUCAUCCCUCACCCUGCUCUGUUUCUCCAUAAACACUCUGUUUGACCCCCUCUUCUUCAGAUGUACUGUAUUUGUCUAUCAUGACUAGGGCCGUUAUUACAAUGUUACUAAGUUCAUCACUGCUUCUGUAGCCUUCUCUCCUGUCAAUCACUGCCUCUCAAUAGUCUACAGUGGCUUCCUCUCCUUCUCUUCUGUCAAUCACUGCCUCUCAAUAGUCUACAGUGGCUUCCUUGCCUUAUCUCCUUGUCUUCAUCUGCAUUGAUCUAGAAACAAAUGAUAGGUGAAAGAAAUAUGUUAGAUGACCAAUGCGAAACAAGAAAAGGAAACCAUUUUGGACUAUUGAGAAGCACAAGUGUGAGAACGCAUCUGUUGUUCUAUUGGUUAGAAAUAAGAGCGGUUGUACUUCCUUCCUGUGGGGCAUGCUGAACUGAAAGGUUGGUCCAUUGCAGCGUUGUUACUGAAUUAUCCUUGCUCGAAAUUAAAUUAAGAUUAUAUUGAAGUAUUUACAUACUUGGCAAGUGUUUAUUUUAUGGAUUUAUGCACAGAAUGUAUGGACAUUCAUAUUUUGGAUUAAAUGCUGUACUUUCGAUUCCACAGCCCAUUUCUCAAUAAAAAAACGAAUUGAGUAAACUUA